AGGGCCGAGACAGAGACAGCACAGAUAUGCAGCAUGCCUGUGAACUCAGCGCUAUGAACAAGAGGUGAAAGUCAGCAGUGGCAUUAGAGGUGGCUACAGGUGUUCGCCAUCUUCGCGUUCGCCACGUGUGGCAGCUACUCGGGCGAGUUCAAGAUGAGCGUGGAGUGCCAGGUGCGCAACGAGAGCGACCUGAGCAUCGAGGUGGAGUUCGAGUAUCCCUUCAGGCUGCACCAGGUGUAUUUCGACGCCCCCACCUGCAGUAAGGGUGGCACAGAGAGGCUGUUCCUGCUGGGCGAUUACUCCUCCUCAGCACAGUUCUUCGUCACCAUCGGAGUCUUCUCCUUCCUGUACUCGCUGGGGGCCCUCGUCGUCUACUUCUUCUUCCAGGAGCGCUACCGCGAGAACAACAAGGGGCCCAUGAUUGACUUCGUGGUGACGUGCGUGUUCGCGUUCAUGUGGCUGGUGAGCUCGGCCGCCUGGGCCAAGGGGCUGUCGGACGUGAAGACGGCCACGGACCCCGAGCGGGUCAUCACCCUGAUCAAGGCGUGCGAGGAGCCGGGGAACCGCUGCAAGGAGCUGCACGACCCCGUCACGUCCGGCCUCAACACCUCGGUGGUCUUCGGCUUCCUGAACCUCAUCCUGUGGGCAGGGAACCUGUGGUUUGUGUUCAAGGAGACAGGCUGGAGCGCCCCCUUCAUGCGCUACCCCCCACCCUCACAGGAGAAGCAGCCCGCCCCCGAGUCCUUCAGCCAGCCAGGGGGCGGCUACGGCCCGGAGGGGGGCUACGGCCAGGCCGACCCCUACGCCAGCUCACAGGGGGGGUACCAGCCCGAGUAUGGCCAGCAAGGGGGCUACAACCAAGGAGGCGACUACAGUCAGGGAGGGUACGGCCAGCCCGUGGCGCCCACCUCCUUCUCCAACCAGAUGUGAGCGGAGAGCAGUGGGCUGAAGGAGGGUGUAGCUUGAUAGCAGAAGGCUGUGUGUGAACUGAAGACCCCUCUGCGCUCCUGUCAGUCUGUCUGUCUGUUUGUCUGUCUGUGAGCAGAAAGAGGGGAGGAGGUUGGGUUGGAAAGGGGGGGGGGGGCAUUAAGGCACAAUAUGGGGUGGGGGGGCGCUUAAAAUCUCUCAAUGUUCUAUCCCUGUAACGUUCCUAAAGGUGAUGAAUUUCUAUUUAACCGUAAAGGAAAUGGGUGAACUACUACAUAAAUAAAUGCAUAACAGAACUUGAAAGCAACACAGAACCAAAACUGAUCUAGUUUUAAAACAAAAAAACAACACAACAAUAAUAAACUUGAGAGAAUGUAA